CACUACUCGCAGCCGAGCAAUCGCGAUGAUCGUAUAAUUCACUCUAUCAAUAUGUGCUGGUUUAUACUCGAUAAGUAUUACACUAUGACCGAGGAUGUCCCCGUAUAUGCCGCCGCCCUCCUUCUCGAUCCUUCUAAACGCAAGAGCUAUAUCGAAGAAUGUUGGCCCGAGGAAUGGCACGAGGGUGCGUUUGCCGCCGCC